GCCGCCGGCCGCCUCGUGGGUGAGGCCGAGCGCGAGGCCGAGCGCGAGCCCCCAGCGACCCCGGCCAUCCCCAGAGCCGCGCGGACGCCCGCGAACCGGAGCCCGAUCGGAUCGGAAAGAAUCGGGCCGGAUCGGAGCGGCUCGGGCCGGAUCGGAGAGGAUCGGAGAGGAUCGGAGGGGCUCGGAGCGGCCGGGGCCCCUGACCCAGAAGGCCGCGCGCCAUGCCCAAGUCCAAGCGGGACAAGAAGGUCUCCUUAACCAAAACCGCCAAGAAAGGCUUAGAAGUUAAACAGAACCUGAUAGGCGAGCUGCGGAAAUGCGUGGACACGUACAAGUACCUUUACAUCUUCUCGGUGGCAAACAUGAGGAACAGCAAGCUGAAAGACAUCCGCAGCGCCUGGAAGCACAGCCGGAUUUUCUUCGGCAAAAACAAGGUCAUGAUGGUGGCGUUGGGGCGAGGCCCGGCCGAGGAGUACAAAGACAACCUCUACCAGGUCAGCAAACGGCUAAAAGGAGAGGUCGGACUCUUAUUCACCAACCGCACCAAGGCAGAAGUGAAUGAGUGGUUCAGGCGGUACUCGAAGACGGACUACGCUCGAGCCGGCAACAGGGCCGCCUUCACCGUCCGCCUGGACGUGGGGCCGCUGGACCAGUUCCCCCACUCCAUGGAGCCUCAGCUGCGGCAGCUGGGCCUGCCCACCGCGCUCAAGAAAGGCGUGGUCACUCUGCUCUCGGAUUACGAGGUCUGUAAGGAGGGCGACGUGCUGAACCCCGAACAGGCCCGGGUCCUGAAGCUGCUGGGCUUUGAGAUGGCCGAGUUCCGAGUGACCAUCAAGUCCGUGUGGCAUGCCGAGACGGGAACCUUUGAGCACCUGGGGACGGAGGCCGAGGGCAACACCCUGGAGGAGGAGGAGGAAGAUGAUGAAGAUGAUGAAGAUGAUGAAGAUGAUGAGGAUGAAGAGUAACUGGAGGUCAAGGCGGACUGGAGGAUGCCCCCUCAAUCCGGGAGGGCUCUCUCGCCGACCUUGGCCCCUUAGAAGGCUUCUGGUCUGCCCUGAGGCUGAGGGGCAAAUAUUUAUUUUUCCAUAAACUGUCAGGGAGGCAGCCGAGCCCUCUGGCCCGGGUGGGGAUGGGGGCUGUGGGGGAGGGAAGUGACUUCUCUUAUGUUUUUUUUUAAUUAAAGGCCGCGUACUUCAA